UGGUAGUACUAGAGAGAGUGAGAGAGAUUGUGCUGUUUUCAUUACAAGAAGAAGAUCCUUCUCUCUCCGCUGUCAGAAUCAAACACUUCCAAAAACACCGUCCCCGUUUCCUUAAACUACACUUCCCUCCAUCCCUCUCUCCCCCUCUCUCUCUCUCUCUUUCUCUCUCUCAGUUUCUCAUUCUGUGGCAAGAGUAAACACAAAACAAAAAGCAUGUCUUAGUUAUCUGCUUUUUCAAACAAUACACUAGAAAAACACUUUUUUCUUCUUUUUGGCUUGCAAUUUCACUGUUAGCUGAUUGCUGUUCUUCUCUUUGCUUCUCUCUUUAAGGAACCCUCCUCAAAGAGUAGUUGACUGUCUGAAAAUGGAUAAAGUUUCUCCCGACUGCCCAUAUCCAGGAUGCUUCUUUUGUGUCAUGAAGGAAGGAAAUCCAAGUAAGCGAAGAGCAAGUAUACUGAAAUUCUUUAGAGAACUUCCUUCACAGGAUGAUGAUGGCCAGGUUCUCCCGAUCAGUGGACUGUGGAACACUGCUAUGGCACAUCCAAAUGACCCCGAGUUCAUUGAAUUGGGAAUAUUUGAAUGUAUGGCUGCUCUUAUAUGGAAGGGCUUAAAGAAUCGCCGCUGGCUUUCUCAUGACCAAAACGUAUAUAUUCCUUACUAUGCAGCUCAUAUUAUUGGAUCCUACACUAUGAACAUGGAAGAGUUUGCAGAAAGUGCGGUCCAUGCUGGCGUAAUUGCUCCCUUGGUUGAGCUUUUGAGGGGGAGAUUGACAUGGGUUGAACAAAGAGUGGCAGUACGAGCACUGGGGCACUUGGCCACAUACACCAGCACUUUUCCUGCUGUGGCAAGUCAUGGCGAAAUCCUUGAACUCUCCAUCCAACUAGCAAUCAGUUCACUCGAAAUAGUUUACUCACAUUUUUACCAAUAUGUUGAUAGAAGAAUUAGUUAUCAUUGCGAUUUGCUUACCCGCGGCAUGGGCGGUGUUGAAAUGGAGUCCAGGAAAGCAGAGGAAUGGGCUAGUCAGUUACAGUGCUGGUCACUUCAACUCAUUAAUUGCUUUGCUUUCAAGCCCGAAUUUCUUCCUACCAUAUGCAAGCCUGAAUUCUUGGUAAAACUGCCAGGCAUGUGGGGUGGGCUUGUUAAUGAGAAUUCCCCUGCUGGUAUUGGUUUAUUAAGAACAAUUUGUCAUCAUAAGCUUGGUAGGGGACCUGUUGCUAGCUGUCCUGGUAUUAUUGAGGCAUUGUGUAAUAUAGCUAGGUCAUCAGAUGACUGGCAGUAUAUGGCUAUAGACUGUCUUCUUUGGUUGAUCCAAGAUCCAAGUACAUGCCAUAAGGUCAUUGAUAAGGCAGUACCUGCACUUGUAGACCUCGCAGAGAUUACAAAUCUGGGUGAUCACAAAAAGCUUGGGGACACCAUUGUUAAUGUUCUUCAGGAGUGUUUGCAAUCACAAGGGACAGGGCGUAACACUAUCAGCAACCGUGAAAGGGAACUGAUUGAGGAACUAUUGAAUUCCAAACAAAGAUUGAAAUGGGAAAAGAACAUGCCCAAAGAGGAUCUUCAUAUUAAGCAGGCAGCUGCACUGGUGGUCAAGCUUGAAGGAAAUUCCCUUUUCUCAUCAGGAAACAUAGCUGGAGCUGCAUCAAAAUAUUCGGAAGCUUUGUCAUUGUGUCCAAUGAGAUCCAAAAAAGAGAGAGUUGUUCUGUACAGUAAUCGAGCUCAGUGUUAUCUUCUGUUACAACAGCCAUUGGCAGCAAUUAGUGAUGCUACACAUGCAGUGUGUCUUCACAACCCUCCUAACUGUCAUGCCAAAAGCCUUUGGAGACGAGCUCAGGCUUAUGACAUGCUUGGCUUAGCUAAAGAGAGCUUGUUAGAUGCCAUUCUGUUCAUUAACGAAUGCUCUCAGACAAAUGAUCCUGACCUCUCUUUGAGGCAAAACAAAGUUCCUGACUAUGCUGAGCGACUAGUCAAAAAGCAGAUGCGUGCAGCUUGGUUAUUUAGAGAGGCAGCCAUCAAACAUGGAGGUGUCCAUGGUGAGGGUGACGUUGGUGACAUCUAUGGCCAGGAAAGUGAUGGUUCAGAAUGGGAAACAGCAAGUGAAAGUGACAUGGGAAAUGAUGGGAGGGUUGAAAUGGGUGACGAUGAUGAUAGUGAAUGGAAGAAUGAAGAUGGGAGGAAAGAUAAAUAUGAUAAAACAACAUUAAAAGAUAUAAAGCAUGGGUACAAUUUGCAUCUUGCAGAAGAUGAAUCUUGAAUUCAGGCCAGCAGGUGAUCAUUCAAAUGCUGACAUAAAUACCAGCAGCAAUGGAGAGGCGCCAUCAAAACGAUCAACAAAUCCUGCAUGGUCUCAUGAGAUGCAAGUACAAUAGAAAUAUGUGAUUGGCCAUCGUGUCUAGAAACAAACUUGUUCUCUAAGUUCUGUUUGUUUCUUUAAUUUUUGUUCCCCGAUUCUUUUUUAUUUCAACUGUAGAAAUUGAACGCAAAGGUUUUGAGUGUAGAGCACAAUUAUAGUCUAGAGAAUGUGAAGCUUUUAGUGCUUUUAAGGAGGCUUGUGUAUAUAAACCCUCCUUUACUAUCAA